AUGAGCAAAAUUCUUCUAUCCAAGACAUACACCAUACGAGCCGUCACCCGAGAUCCGUCGUCCUCCCGAGCAAGAGACCUUGCAUCCCAAGGUAUUGAAGUUGUUUCCGGCGAUCCUUCGAACAAGACGUCUCUUGAUGGAGUCUUCAGGGGGGCUCACACCGUCUUCGCCAUGACGACUUCCAACUAUGAUGGCGAAGCUCACAAAGAGAUCCAAUACGGCAAGGAUCUUGUCGACGCAGCAAUCGCACGAGGCAUACAGUACUACAUAUGGAGUACCCUUCCUUCGCCGAAUGUUAUUUCUAGCCGUAAGUACACUAAAGUCACUGGCUUCGACGACAAACCUAUGCCACCAUCAUGCAACCCCAGCCCAGCUGAUACAAAGGACGGAUCGUAUGUCAUCGCUCGCCGCCUCAGACCGUCUACCAAACUCCCGUUGGUUGACAUUGCCGGAGAUACCGGAAAGUUUGUGGCAGCGAUCCUUGCCCAACCGGACAAUUUCCAAGGUAAAACAUUCUCGGGUGCGACGAGGCUAUACUCGAUGGAGGAACAGGCUGCAAUCAUCAGCGCCGCAACAGGCAAAGAUGUCAAGUACGUCGAGGUAUCGCAGGACAUUUACAGGUCUUUCUUGCCCCCAGCGGCGCAAGAUGAGUUGCUUCAGAUGAUGCUCUACCAGCAAGAGUUUGGGCAUUACGGGCCUCAAACCGAAGCUGAAGUCGCCUGGUCUGUUGAGAAUGCAAGAGGGAGCCCUACAAGCUUCGAAGAAUUCCUGAGCAAACAUCCCCUCACGCUGGAAUAG